AACCUUGGCGAACAGAAUGAACUAAAUAGUUGUCAUUGUCCUUCUGAAUAAACAGCUACCAUGGGUUCAACACAGUCAUCCCAGAAAUACACAGAAGGGGAGGACCUCCCCCUCCCACAGCCUCGACCCCCACGUAAACUGAAACGAGACUUAGUCAAAGGAGAGGAUACGUUUAAAAACAUUGACGAUUUCGCCUUGAAGACACCUAGAUCCGCCACACUAUCAGUUGCAAAGCUGGCCGCCCACCUUGAUGAAGGAGCAACAUCAGAUCUAGAAAAGAUCCGCGCCUUCUAUCGUUGGAUAACUGAAAACAUCAGUUAUGACACUCGUCCAGACUUUCACGACAGAAAUAUUGACACAAGUGGAGCUGCUGUUCUACGCAUGCGUAGUUCUGUAUGCAUAGGUUAUGCAAACCUGUUUUCAGAAUUAUGCAGAGAAUGUAGAAUUCCAGUGAAAGUCAUUUCCGGAUACUCAAAGUCGUUCAAUUACGACCCGGAAACGAGCUUUACGACUGACAAAACUCCAGAGCAUGCGUGGAACGCUGUAUAUUUAAACGGCGACUGGCAAUUUGUAGAGUGUACGUGGGGAGCAGGAUCACGUGACGACAGAGGCAAUUUUGUUAAGAAAUUCUCCGAUUUCCAUUUUUUGACAGAACCCAAGCAUUUCAUCGUGACACAUUUUCCUUAUAUGGAUAGUGAUAUGUCCAAAAGUCAAGCAUGGCAACUUCUCCCAAGACCUCUUACACUAGAGGUAUUCAACAAACGAUUGAAAGGCUUUACAGGAAUGUACACAUGGAAAAUCAAGCCCGUAUCACAUCCUGAUGGUGUCCUCAAGUUUUCUAACAAAACAGAGAUUACCAUGGGAUAUCCAAAAUCUUCCUAUUUUUUCGUUAUGGCGCGGUUAUCUAAAAAACUGUCUGCUCGUGAUUUUGAUCAGUAUGCACUUGUAGAAAAUAUGGGUUGCAAUAAAAUAAGAAUUCGGGUUGCUCCACCUGAAAAAGGUACCUACAUACUAAAACUUUUCGGUCGCAAUGAUCCAAAAGUUGAAGAGCUGACUGCUUUAGCAAAUUACGUGCUGAAAUGUGAGGAAGGUGAAGGCAAUGCGUUUGCUUUCCCAAAACAUCAAGGCCCUUUUGGUCCUUAUCACGACUCUGUUGAAGCAGGGUUUCAUAGAUCUACUGGGAAAAACGCCGUGGUGGAGAGUAAAAACGGAAAACUUGAUUUUCAGAUCAAAACAACGAAAAAAAUUGAAGCAAUUGCCAGGUUGGAGCAUGCAACGAAAAAUCUCAAUCCAAACGAUAAUUAUGUUUUACUAGAGAGGGAUAAAGGAAAACUCAGUGUCAAAGCUAAGUUCCCUUCAAAAGGUUAUUACAAGCUUAGCAUACUCACAAAAAACGAGAAUGCGGAGACUUAUUCCCCAAGAAUAGCUUACUUGGUUUUCUGCAGCGAAGAUUAUCCUAACUGCGAGCCAUUCCCAAAAGUCUUUCCUCAAACAACACAGUAUGAAUGUCGACUCCUAUCCCCUGUCACUUGUGAAUUAAAAACGCAUGCGCAGAUUAUUUUCCGAUUCUCUUCUCCCAAUAUCGUUCAAGCCCUGCUACAUGAUUCUCCAAUGGAGAAAAAGGGAAACAUUUGGGAGGGGACUAUGAAGACACCUGGACCCGGAGAACGAAUCCGAAUAUCAGCUAGCGACCAAAAAGGCUCGAAGUAUUGGAGAAUAUACGAGUUCAACGUCAUGUGAGGUUGAUGAAGGCUAAAAAAUAAUGAUCCAGUAAAGUUUAUCCCCAGAAAAAGCACUUUUAAGAUUAAUAAAUCAUAAAAGAUAGAAUCGUAUACUUAAUAGGAGAUCUGAUAAUACUGUUUUAUUGAUUGACGCACUUUUAAUAUCUGUUGGCAUUAUUUUGUUGUUCUCAUAUAUUUUACUGUUAUUGUUGAAUUUGUCUUCCAAAGACCCUAAAAAAACUUAAAGUCGGUGCUUCAUCUCCUUGUUUACUCUGGAGAAGUUUUACACAAUGAUGUACAUGUAUACAUUUCUAUAAAUAAUUAUUUUGAUUAUGUACUAGUGAAUGGAAAAUAUUAAUGCAAUAUUUCGUGUUGUGAACAGAUUUCAACAGAUAGUCUAAAUAAGUUACUUUUAAAAUUUAGCUGCUGAAGAAAACUGAAUACUGUUUAAUUCCUGAACUGCUUGUCGUUUACUAUUUAUAUGUGAUAUAUUUAAUAUUAUACAUUACCAAUAAAAAAUCACAAUAAAGCCUUGAAUUGUAAAUUUUGGACGUUCAACGUGUCGUAACACGGACGGCUCGGGCUGUGCUGACAAAUUUACAAUUCAGUGCUUAUGCAUUUUCAUUUAUUGAUCGCUUCAGUAUAUUACAUGUAUACCUGUUAAAUGAUAUGCAGCACCGUAUAACUAAAUUAUUUUUUUGAUAAGACGUUAGCGUGAUUUUUUUUAUAUAUAUAUCAGUGCACUUGUACGGCAUUCAACGUUGAUGACGUCAAAAUAUUAAAGAUACGGGUUGGUCAUGUGAUCAAAUACCAUAAAGCCCGAAGACCAAGCCGUAUUUACAUCCCGAUCAAAGUUUUAAAAUGAUACCGGUAUUACUUACAUUUACAUUUGUGACUAAAAUGCCUUGCUCAAAUAAUGUUAUAUUAUGGAAAAUAUUUGCAAAUGUAAAUAUAAAGCAAUACUUUAACUUUUUGACCUCCCCAGUCCGUGAAUUGAAACACACUUUAUAUGAAAAACACAUGUGUAUGAAAUGUAAACAUUAGUCGAUAAAAGAAAAGAAUAUAGAGAAUAUAUAAUUUUAAAUAAU